UUCGGCAGAUGCUAACGGAGCUACUUAAGAAGGAACCCCAUUCCUUUUGUAGAGUAAAAACAUUGAAAAACUUAAUCUUCUGCUUCAUUUAAAAAAGAAGAAGAUCGAAACCAGGUCCAGGGUCUGCUCCAGCAGGAAGUGCAUAGUGCCAUGAAACAGUCUGAAUCCAAGAUGGAGUCGCUACUAGAGAGAGUUCAGCUACUGGAAUGUGAACCUAAAUACGACCUGGUCAUACGCAGACUGGAGGCUCACAUUAAGAAGGUGAAGAGGAGGGGGGAUGCUGCCAUCUCUUACGUCAGGAUGCUACGAGCUCCUGGAGUUAAACACAAUCAGAGGACGCUGGGUUCUGGUCUUGUGGACCUGACUGAGACUGAGGCUGAGAGAGGACUGAGUACUGUGGACAUCAGCAGGUCAGAUUCUGAUGAGGACGACUCAGCUGAGAAGCAGAGGAAGAGGAAGGUUGUAGAUGGUUUCUGGCAGAAAAUGAUGUCCAAUACAAAAGCCCCAGACAGGAAGAGAGAAAAAGAGAGGAAUGGAAAGAAACACAACAUCCCUCUUCCUCCGACCACUCCUCCUCUUCCUCCUACCACUCCUCCUCGUUCUCCUCUUCCUCCCGUUCUCUCUCCUCAAGUACUGAAGGUCGAGGCGUCUGUCGUACCGGUGACCAGACCGCCAACCACAUCGCCAGUUAAAAUGGAGGGCACGGUGAAGAUGGAGAACACCGUUAAGACCGAGGAGUCCCCGUGUCCUCCAGUCGCUCUUCGUGUUCCUCCGUCGCAGAGUGAGCUGCUGUCCCAUCUCCCUCCUCUCCCCCCGACCCCUUUCCCUUCCUCCCUCCCUCUCGAGGCGGCCUCCUACUCCAUCCCCCAGAAGCCCCUUGUACACCUGGCCCGUAUCCGAAACCCUGCCCCGUGUCUGGUCAUCCACUGGAGGGUCACUGAGGAAGACCCCGCGGCGCCCGACAUGGACAGUUACAGUAUCUACAUCGCUCAGGAGAGUCAUAGCAGCAGCGUCUCCCCGUCCUGGAGGAAUGUGGGUGUGGUCAAGGCCCUGGCCCUGCCCAUGGCUGUCACGGUAACCAAGUACCAAUCGGGUACCACCUACGUCAUCGUGGUGGGCAAGGACCGGUAUGGUCGCUACGGACCGUACAGCGACGUACAGACUGUCCUCCUGGCAUAGAGACAUAGCGGGGAGUUCUGGUCGUCGAGAUUGAAGGCCACUUUCUCCCCCUCCCUCCCUCCAGAGGUGAGAGUUGAAAGGUCACUGAGAUCUAGUGACCUGCUAGACUCCGGGAAUUUUCUGUGCGACCAUCUAAAGAGGAACAGGAGGAGGGAAUAAAAAUGAUUUUGUUGUUGUGUGUUUUCAAUAGCAUUACCGAUCCGAUGAAAGAUACUCAGCGACGCAUGUCCCAACUCAACCCACGGGGGGGGGGGGGGCGUCUGUGGGUGGGGGGGGGUUCACUCCACCCUUGUACUUGAUUUGAUGAAUUUAAGGUCACUAUUUAGUGAGGAACUAACCUGAACGUAGACAUAGUGAACGACAUAGAGACUUCACUUCUGUUAGUGAUGUUGGUGUAUCUGUCCUAGUUGAGUCAACUCUGUUAGUAUAUCUGUCCUAGUUGAGUCAACUCUGUUAGUGAUGUUAGUACAUCUGUCCUAGUUGAGUCAACUCUGUUAGUAUAUCUGGCCUAGUUGAGUCAACUGUUAGUAUAUCUGGCCUAGUUGAGUCAACUCUGUUAGUGAUGUUGGUAUAUCUGUCCUUGUUGAGUCAACUCGGUUAGUGAUGUUAGUAUAUCUGGCCUAGUUGAGUCAACUCUGUUAGUAUAUCUGGCCUAGUUGAGUCAACUCUGUUAGUGAUGUUAGUAUAUCUGUCCUAGUUGAGUCAACUCUGUUAGUGAUGUUAGUAUAUCUGUCCUAGUUGAGUCAACUCUGUUAGUAUAUCUGUCCUGUUAGUAUAUCUGUCCUCGUUGAGUCAACUCUGUUAGUGAUGUUGGUAUAUCUGUCCUAGUUGAGUCAACUCUGUUAGUGAUGUUGGUAUGUCUGUCCUAGUUGAGUCAACUCUGUUAGUGAUGUUAGUAUAUCUGUCCUAGUUGAGUCAACUCUGUUAGUGAUGUUGGUAUAUCUGUCCUAGUUGAGUCAACUAUGUUAGUACAUCUGUCAUAGUUGAGUCAACUCUGUUAGUGAUGUUAGUAUAUCUGUCCUCGUUGAGUCAACUCUGUUAGUACAUCUGUCCUAGUUGAGUCAACUAUGUUAGUACAUCUGUCAUAGUUGAGUCAACUCUGUUAGUGAUGUUGGUAUAUCUGUCCUAGUUGAGUCAACUCUGUUAGUGAUGUUAGUAUAUCUGUCCUAGUUGAGUCAACUCUGUUAGUGAUGUUAGUAUAUCUGUCCUAGUUGAGUCAACUCUGUUAGUGAUGUUGGUCAUGACUACCAGUCACUCCUGUUAGCAGAUGAUAUUUCAUAACUGUCUUGUUCAAAUUUUAACCACCAUUGUAUAAUAAAAUAUCUCAACGUUUCCAAA